AAAAUCAGGCAAUCCCAUUGCAGACAUCAACAAGAGCUUUCAUUUUCUCCAGAAAAAGCACCCUAGCAGGCUCUGGAGCAGCGAGAUGGUGGCAUGGCUGGUGCUGGCUCUGCUCCUGCACAAAGCCCCACCGGCCACAGCCCGUGCCACCGUGAAGGUGACAGGAGUGGUGGGGAGAGCCGUGACUUUGGGAGCCGACGUCCCCCCAGGGUUCCAAGUCAGGGAUGCCAUCUGGAGGUACCUGGCGCCAGCAGAAGAGCUAGUGGCCACCUACUUCAGGGGCUCAGCGGAGACCCUGUACCAAUCCCGUUUCUAUGGGCGGAGCCGGCUCCACGGUAACCUCACCCUGGAGAUCAGUCCGGUGGAACUGGGAGAUAGCGGCACCUUCUCAGCCCUGCUGGUGAACACACGAGGACAGACGGAGACGCGCGUGCUGCACCUGGCAGUCUAUGAAGUGGUUUCCCGGCUGACACUGCAGGUGUUCACAUCGGAGAGCAGUCGCAGUGGCUCUGUGAGGGUCUGUGAGGUGUUCCUGACCUGUGUGGCGGCUGGUGGCACCAACGUAACCUACAGCUGGGACAGGACGGAUGGCGAGGUGCUGAGCAUGGACAAGCACUCUCUCUUUGAGGCUGGCCUGGUCCUAUGGGCUAAGCUGGACCCAUCGGAUAGGCAGGUGUCCUACACCUGUACUGCAGCCAACGCUGUCAGUCGGGAAUCAGCUACCAUCGCACCCUGGGAACACUGCCAGAGGGAAGCAGGUUCGGAAGAUGCCGUGUACGACUAUAGGAACAUCCUGCUCAUUGCUCUGCCCCUCUCUGUCCUGGUUCUGGCAGGGGCUGUCUUCGGGCUCCUUCUCUCUUGUAAGCGCUCAGGGAGGCAAAGAGCGAAACCGCUGUUCGAAGCCUCAGAGUCUGACGCGGCCCCUAUCUAGGAAUUGACACUGCGUGCAGAGCAGAGGCGUGUCCUUUUGGGAGAGCAGCCCUCCUUUCUCUUUGUUGCUGGCGAGGCAGAAAGCCCACAUUCUCUUUUCUUCUGGAGAACUUUUCAGGGGGCUGCCAGCUUCCAUUGACAGCUGGGUGACUGUGAGAGUCACUGUGGGUCAGGAUCCCAGCACAGACUUGCUUUCAGCCACAGAACCAUUAACCAGCUCUCAGAGCAGUCGCUUGCCCUUUGCAUCGUGUUUCUCUCUCAGUUCUCCACAGACCCCCACCUUAAAAACGAAGCAGACAUUUUUACUGAAUUUGCUUGUAUCUGUCUACAAUUUUCAUCAGCAUUGCUGAAUAGACUUGAAUAGUCCUCUGCUCAACAGCAUCCUCCGGGGAACUCAGACCUCACUAGGAAACCCAUUUGAAGGCCUUGUCUUCACUGCCAAAAAAAGAAACAGGGAUGUCCUUACCUAGAGUUUGCUGACUCGAGGUGACUGGCUCAAGGUGUAACUGUAGGGAAGGCAAGGCAGUUUGUCAUUUCACACGAGAUGGCCAGUUGAGCUAACCCUUGGCCCUCUCAUAGUCUUUAACUAACCAGCUAACUCAGGUGAAGAUGACAAACCGCCGUUU